AUGGCAACCCGAACAUCGACUCGCCAGGCCGCCCAGAAGGCAAAGGAAGCCAUUGCGGCAGCUCCUGAUGUUAAAAGCCGAGGCACUGCGGGCGCAAAGCGUAAGGGCAGUGCUGACAAGGGAUUGGAGUCUAAGCGUAGCAAAAAAGAGGCCGACAAAGAGCUGGACGAAGCCCAGCAGCCCGCGACCGGAAUUGAUGCGCAACCACCUAAAGGUAGAGUCAGCAAGCCCGAAGCGAAGCCUGAAGAGCCUAAGGAUAAGCCUGCGGCAAAGCAAGAGGGAGAGCCACCGGAGAAACCUGGUGAGAACCCGGAGGACAAGUCAGAGGACAAGCCAGAGGACAAGCCAGAGGAUAAGCCAGAGGAUAAGCCAGAGGAUAAGCCAGAGGAUAAGCCAGAGGAUAAGCCAGAGGGCAAGCCAGGCGCAAAGCCAGAGGGCAAGCCAGAGACGGAGUCAGAAACAAAGACAGAAGAAAAAGCAGAAGAACAGCCAGACAAAGUGAAAGAAGACAAGGCUGACGAUAAGCUUGAAGACAAAAUGGAGCUGGAUGAUGAGGAGAAAACCGAUGACAUUCAGACAGAAAGCAAGGAGACCAAGACGGGCCCCGCCAAGGGCAACGAAGCUGGCAUCGAAACCUCACAAGAAAGAGAGGAAAAGGUCCCGUCAAACAUUCUAGAAAAGGGUAUCAUUUACUUCUUCUACCGGUCCCGAGUCAAUGUGGCUGACCCUCAGGGUGUCGAUGACGUUGCGCGCACUUUUGUGGUGCUACGACCAACUCCCUUGGGAGCUACUUUGGACGCAAAGCAGGGCCCCGUUGACACUGGUGCUAAAUGUCGCUUGAUGGCUCUUCCAAAGAAAAGAUUCCCGACUUCUGGUCGUGAUCGAGUUAUGGGAUUCGUCGAGAAGGCUGGGCAAUCCAUGAAAGCACUGCAGGAAAGCUUCAUUACUGGACAGCAGUAUGACACAGCCACUCAAGGCGAGCGUACCGUUCCUGAUGCCCGUCCGUAUGCGGAAGGCGUCUACGCAAUCACAUCUACCAAACGAACCUCUCACCUGGCUUACGUUCUCACAAUUCCUGAUCAGAUUGGAUCUCUUCAGGAAGACUUUGGCCUUCGGGCACGGGGAAGCUGGGUUGUGCAGUCCAAGAAUCCAAAACACCCUGGGCCAUCGUAUGCUCAACUUCCUAAAGACCCCGAAUAUCCCGACAGUGUGCUUGCUAAAUUCGGCGACUACCGCUGGAGGCCGCUGGAGCCCGAAUUUAUCGAUUAUCCCAACGCGCAGUUCCUUGUGGUUGGGGAGGCUGUGGAUGAGCUUGGAAAGGCUGCAACUGCAGAGGAAGAUGGCAAGAAAGCCGAUGAGGUGCAGCCUGGAGAAGAGCUCGAGCACCUAGAGCAGGAAAACCAAGAGCGGGUGGAAUCUCUGCGGGGCCAACAAGGACGCGGCAUGAUAGAAGCAGAUGAUGAUGACAACGACGAUGAUGAGAUGAAGUCACCACCCUCCAUGCGACGCGACUCUUCGUGGUUGUACACUCUCCCGGUUCUAUACUGGACUGCUGCUGCUGCCAGCAAUGACGUUGUGAACCGGACCAGCUGCGGCAGUCAUACUUACACCUACUCCGGCCUGGCUGGAUAUGGCUUCAUUCCUUCCAACGCCACAGACAAGUAUGGCGACACUUUAGGGGGCUUCGGCAGCUCGGCCGCCUUUGAUUUGAACUCCUGGCGGCGCAUUGGACCUGAAACCUAUACCGGACUGCUUUACUGCCUCCCCGAUCGUGGCUGGAAUACGAACGGCACUCUCAACUACCAAGCCCGCGUCCAUACACUCAACGUCACCCUACAACUGACCAGCAACAACAACUCCGCCAAUCGUCCAUCCCCACCCAACCUGCAGCUGACUUACCUCGACUCGCUACUGCUAACAGAUCCCACCGGCAAACCACUAACCGGCCUCGACGCCUCUGCCGACUUCAACGACACCCUCCAGUAUCGCGGGUUCCCACCCCUUCCUGCAGCGAUCUACACCGGCAAUGGCUUCGACGACGACCCCAACAGCGGCCACGGUGGCCACCGGGUCUCCCUGGACGCUGAAGGCCUCGCACUCACCCACGACAGCUUCUGGAUCUCCGACGAAUACGGGCCCUACGUCUACCGUUUCGACCGCCAAACCGGCCGGAUGGUCACAGCCAUCGAGCCCCCACCAGCCUACAUCCCGCACCGCAACCAGACCAUCAGCUUCAGCGCCGACAGUCCCCCCAUCUACGACCCGAACGACGCCCCCAUCCCCGAAGACCCCGUGACAGGCCGCGCGAACAACCAAGGCUUCGAGGCCUUGACCAUCUCCCCGGACGGGAAGACCCUCUACACGAUGAUCCAGUCCGCUUUAGAUCAAGAAGGCGGCACCAGUAAGAAGUACCGUCGUCCCGCCCGUCUCCUGCAGUACGACAUCUCCUCGGGAACUCCGGUAACCGAGCACGAGUAUGUGGUCAUGUUACCCACGUACUACGAUUACACCAAAGGCCACGACGUGGUGGCCGCGCAGUCGGAGAUACACUUGCUGCCGACCGCCGCCGGGGAUCACGACAAGGCAUUCUUAGUCCUGGCGCGCGACUCCGGGUUCGGUCACGGCCAGGACGAGUCGUUGUCGGUGUACCGGCAUGCGGAUGUCGUGCGCAUUACGAGCAACACCACCGAUCUCAGACGGUGGCCGGGGGCGGAUGCGGAUGCGGUCAAUGGGUCCAUCGCCUCGGCCACGGGGGUCUUGGACACCGGGAUCACCCCGGCGGAGUACUGUCCCUUCUUAGACUAUAACGUCGAGAGCCAGCUGGCCAAGUUUGGGUUGCAUAACGGUGGCCCGCAGGAUCGUUUCCUGUUGAAUGAAAAGUGGGAGAGCCUGGCACUGGUGCCCGUGGAGCCGGGGCAGAAGGCGUCCGCCCGCGAAAGGGAGUACUUUCUGUUUAGUUUGAGUGACAAUGACUUCAUUACACAGGAUGGCCGCAUGAACUUCGGUCUGUUCAAGUAUGCUGAUGAGUCGGGAUAUAACCUUGACAAUCAGGCACUGGUAUUCCGGGUGAAGAUCUCAUCAUAG